GGGCUAAUCAACUCCAUGCGGCCGGAAAUCCUGCAAAGAAUUACCAUUGAGCUGAAGAUCAAUUAUAUUUGGAGAAGCAGGCGAACUGGAGGGGAGGGGAUGGCGGAGGAAAGAACACUUGGGAAGAGCGGGGAGCUUACGGAGACGGCGCCGGGAAAGGCACUCACCGUGGAGGUCGAGGAGCUCCCUAAAGCUAUCGUGCGCCGGGUUGUGAAAGAUAAACUUUCCAAGUUGUCUUCGGGAGGAGGGGAAGAGGAGAUAUUGGUAAACAAAGAUGCACUGUUGGCCUUCUCUGAGAGCACUCGCAUCUUCAUCCAUUACCUCUCCGCCACGGCAAAUGAUAUCUGCAAGGAAUCAAAGAGGCAAACAAUCAAUGCUGAUGAUGUCCUGAAGGCGCUUGAGGAGAUUGGCUUUGUUGAAUUUGUUGAGCCUUUAAAAGCUUCUUUAGAGGAGUUUAGAAAAAGGAAUGAAGUCAAAAGGUCUGGAGUAAAAGGAAAAGAGACUGCUAAGAAGCGGAAAAUAGAAGACACACCCAGCAAGAAUGGUAGAAAAGAGUAAAUGGUUGUCAGAGAACAGGGAAAGUCUACUCUUUGGUGUCUAUGAUGUUACGGACAAUAUUGUAGGAGGGUUUGUUUCUUCAUGAGUCAUUAUAAAUGGUGAAAAAAGGUUCUGUUGCAUUUAGCUUGCCAGAUUAGAACUUGCCUAAUUUGAAUGGCAUGAUUAUUCUGUAGGGUGUCUUUAUGAUACAUUUGUAAUAGACUAAUUGCUUUUACUUCACCAUCACGAACUAAUUGCUUACUUUCUCACAA